AUGGCCCAAUCUGGACAGCCAAUGAAUAAGUCACCGCAACCGGGAAUGGGUCAGGUACCUGGUACAGUUCCAUCAAAACCAAGCUCUCUGCCUCAGGCAGCCUUACAAAACCUGCUGCGGACUCUCAGGUCUCCCAGCUCUCCCAUGCAGCAGCAGCAGGUGCUUAACAUCUUGCAUUCAAACCCUCAGUUGUUAGCUGCUUUCAUUAAGCAGCGAGCUGCCAAGUAUGCGGGUAACCCGAAUCCGCAAGGCAUGCCGGGACAGCCUGGGAUGCCUCAGGGCCAGCCAGGUCUGCAGCAGCAGCAGCAGCAACAGCAGCAGGUCAUGCAAGGACAACAAGGUGUUCACUCAAAUCCAGCCAUGCAGAACAUGAAUCCAAUGCAAGCAGGUGUUCAGAGGGCUAACAUGCCUCAGCAGUCACCGCCUCAGCAGCCUCCACCCCAACAAGCCAUGGGUGGGAUGAAUCCUCAGGCACAGCCAAUGAACAUGAAUCAUUCGGGGAUAUCUCCCCAGUUCCGAGAUCUCCUGCUAAGACGACAGAUGAUUGAACAGCAGCGUCAGCAGCAGCAGCAGCAACAACAACAGCAACAACAGCAACAACAGCAACAAGGAGCAGGACCCAAUUUAGGUCCUGGCAUAGCCAAUCAUAACCAGUUCCAACAGCCUCAAGGAGUUGGAUAUCAGCAGCAGCAGCAGCGAAUGCAGCAUCAUAUGCAGCAGUUGCAGCAAGGAAAUAUGGGACAGAUGAGCCAGCUUCCUCAGGCUAUGAGUGCAGAUACAGGAUCAAAUUUGCAGCAGGCUUACCAACAGCGGUUACUCCAACAGCAAAUUGGAUCCCCAGCGCAGCCAAAUCCUAUGAGUCCUCAGCAACACAUGCUUCCUAAUCAAGCCCAGUCCCCACACUUACAAGGUCAACAGAUUCCAUCGUCGCUUACCAAUCAAGUUCGUUCUCCACAGCCUGUCCCCUCACCACGCCCCCAAUCCCAGCCACCCCACUCCAGCCCUUCCCCUAGGAUGCAGCCUCAACCUUCUCCACAUCACGUCUCCCCACAGACCAGCUCCCCACAUCCAGGACUGGUAGCUGCCCAGGCUAACCCGAUGGAUCAAGGGCACUUUGCCAGCUCGGACCAGAGUGCAAUGCUUUCCCAGCUUGCUAAUAAUCCAGGCAUGGCAGGGCUCCAUGGUGCAGGGGCCACAGAACUGGGACUCAGCUCAGAUAAUUCAGACUUAAAUUCAAAUCUUUCACAGAGUACACUAGACAUACGCUAAGAUUCAUUGUAGCAUUUUGGGAGCAAAAAAAAAAAACUUAUUUUCGCAAGAUGUUUUGUACUGAAGACAAUUUUUUGAAUCUUUCUUAGCAGAACAUUUUCCCUGGAAUACACCUGAAAUCUGCAACAGUAGUUUGUGGUUUUAAAAACAAACAAACAAAAAUCCCCAACUGAACUGGGGGACAAUGGAAUACAAAGAAAAUAUAUUUUUGUUAUGGCUGGGACUGUAACCAGUCCUUUUUUUUUGUUUUUGUUUUCCCUUCGCGUGCGUUGGGGAGGUGCUUGGGAGCGGAUAGUUGUUUGGCUCUGACCAAAUGACUUCCUUCACUAGCCUCCAAUAGGUUUUAUUUUUUUUAAAUUAAUGAAAAUAUGUAAUAUUGAUAGUUAUAAUUUACUGAGGCAAAUGGUUAACUUUUCCCUAUUCUGGUUCUCCUCUUGUCUACUGCAAAAACAACAACAACAACAAAACAAAACAAAAAAGAACAUUACCUAAACUGGAGGACAAAAAGGUGAAUGUUGCUUUAAAAU